GUUAUUGCCAAUGUUAUCUUUCGCGAGCACGAAAUUAGUGCACAGUUCGAUAGGAGGACAGUUCAUGAAUAUGGAGAGCAGAGAAAGCGAGAAGAUCAUGCACGGUGGUUCCAGUUAUGGUGAUGUGGAUAAGAAUGGCCAGUUGCACUCAGUGGCCAUGGCCGAUGAAGACAUCGUGGCCUUCACAGUGGACCAGGAGUCAAGUGUAUUAUGUAUGGGUAACUCCUCUUCUCAAUCGCUUGAAGCCAGAGUAUUGGAUGGAAAUAUCAUGCGACAGAUUGUGUCUCAAUUCGCAAACAUCUACUCACUCAGGUGCACGGUCACAAACGCGUCCCGACAAAACUCUCUUAAGUUCAGUCAAAGAUACAGAAGUGUUUUGAAAUCGGUCAUCGAUACGAAUUCAGACAAUGAACAAGAAGAACAGAAAGGAGAAAAAUCAUCUGAAAAAGAGGCAAAAGAAAGAGAAGAGAGAAACAUGUCAGAAGCGAUACGAAAUUCUCUUUCAGUCGUGGAUCUAGUUUGGUCGCUUGCUGAGUCUUUGUAUUUCAACGAGUCGCCUUUCGUAGUCAAAAACUUAAUCGAUUGGAUCCAACAACACACGUCAACCGAUCCAAACAUGCUUAAAGCAGCACUCAAGUGCAAAUUUCAUGACUCUAAAAGUUCUAGAAACUUCUGGAAUAUUCUCUUUAAGCUUCUGACACAGGGAUUCUUCAGAGAAGCUAUAGCGCUCUUGAAUGUUUUGAGUGACUUUUUCCACGAAAAGUACAAUUCGGGCGCUGAUUUGAUAGGGAUAGGAAAUUUCGGAAUGGGCGAUCAAAGAGAUUCUGAUAAAAGCUGUACUCAAUGGAAGCUAGUUCAAGAUAUAAUUAUGCUUCUCAAGCAAAAUCCGAUCUCAAGUUGCAGUCAAUACUCGACUGUUGAACUUAAUUCGUUUGCAGCUAUGUGGAGAAAUUCUUUCCAAGAGCUGAAAGUAAUCGCGGAGGCGUGUGAUGAACCUGAAUUGACCUUAGUUUGUGGAUUAUGUGCGGGCGAGAGAUCAGUGCUGAACAAGAUAAUGAAAGAUGAUGGCGCGGGCGAAUCUUCAAUUGGCGUUGUUUUCGAAAGAUGGUUCGAAUGUAUAAUCGCGUUUGCGAUCUUCAUUAUGCCGAGUAUGAGCAAACAUGACUUGGCAAAAGUGUUGCCGUCAAUAAUGCAAAGCUCGGCCAUUGAAAGCCCACUUGAUCACGUAAUUCACGCUUUGUUCACGGCUGAUAACCUGAAAAUAGUGUACCAUAUUUGCACGGUGUUUCCUGAAACGUGCACCGCUAUGCACUUAGUUGACCUUUUCUACUACUCUGGGUAUAAAUUAAGUGAUCCAGGGUCAAAUGAAAAAGAACUCAAGGAAGACUUUCUGACAUUUCUCACCAAAGAUUACGGGACGAAACUCAUGUUGCAUAGUAGCUUAUGGCCUUUUGCCUUCACUUAUUUAAUGCAAUUAGACCGAAAUCAAGAUAAUUUGGAAGUUUCUAGAAGGAGUUCUUCUUUCUACGAUAAGAAUCAAAUUGGAAGUAGUAUGCUUUAUGAAUUAAUAGAACGAAUUGAACCAAUAAACGAUCAGCAAGCUGUAAGUCUAAUCAGCAUGUGUCUGAAAUAUGGAUUGCAAGAUAGCGUCUACUCAAUUAACCGAAAACGCGCUGUUGCUUAUUUGAAUUGCAACAAUUUGCUUAAUGCUAGUCAGUGGACGGUAAGAUGUUUGGACCUUGAGAUUGCGACAAAACUUGCACACGAAUGUUUGAAACUGUAUUUGGAAACUAGAGAUAUAGACUCCAUUGCGGGUAUUUUGGAAAACCUGUCUAGGGUUGCAAAAGUGAAGUUGGGCACUAUAGGAAAACAAAGCGAAGGUUCUCUUCUUAACAUGGUCUGCAUGUUCUACGAGUAUCUCAAGUGUAAAACAGUCGAAGCUGAUUUCAAAAGAGCGGCAAGUCUUCUGAUGUCUUUGAUCAGGUGUCCGAAUAUACCCGAGGUGUUGCAGCUGAGUCUUUUACUCGACAGCUGUGAUUUUGUGUCGCUCAACUUGAUAAACUCCAGUGACGAUAUUUUUGCUCUGAAAGUGGCGAUGGAAAACUUUCAUCCAAACAGUAGUAAAAUGACUGUUGAAAUGAAUGAAAAGACGACCAAAGAACUUACGAUAUUGUUGAGUUUGCUUCAAUGUUAAUUUAUUUUUUGUGUUUUUG